AUGCUAUUCCUCAAUCCCUUCAACAAGCAUGACAACUUCGACACCAGCCGCGUCGUCAUUCCGCUGGAAGGGGCGAAUCACCACCAUGAGGAUGGCUCCGAGGGACGCUUUACAGUUGAGAUGCUCAGAGCAGAGAUUGAAAGCGACCUCCAGUCUGGUGGCGUAGACAGCGCUUACGAUAGAAAAUCAAAAGUCAUCAACAGGGCCAUCCAGGAUAUAGGCAUGGGCAAGUACCAAUGGGAACUGUUCGUGCUGUGUGGGUUUGGCUGGCUUGCAGACAAUCUUUGGCUACAAGGAGUCGCUCUCACCUUGACACCGCUAGCCUCUGAGUUCGGCGUCUCCUCUGACAACGUUCGCUACACGACCCUUGCCUUGUUCACCGGUCUCUGUAUUGGAGCAUCGUUCUGGGGGACGGCAAGCGACGUGGUAGGCCGGAGGCUCGCGUUCAAUUGCACCUUGUUUCUCGCCGGCGUCUUCGGGCUCGCCUCUGGUGGAGGUCCGAACUGGAUUGGCACCUGCGCGCUAUACGCCUGCGUUGGGCUCGGUGUCGGCGGAAAUCUGCCAGUCGAUGGCGCUCUAUUCCUGGAGUUCUUACCCUUUGCCAGUGGGAAUUUGCUGACACUUCUUUCUGUUUUCUGGCCUGUGGGACAGUUGAUCUCGUCUCUCAUCGCUUGGGCUUUCAUCCCCAACUUCUCCUGCCCCUCCAGUGGUGCUGGCUCCAUGUCCUGCAAUCUCACAGGCGGACAGAAACCGUGCUGUUCUAGAGAGGACAAUAUGGGCUGGAGGUACUUCAUACUAACCAUCGGCGCGUUCACCUUCGUCAUGUUUAUCUGCCGCUUUUUCUUCUUUCACCUUUACGAGUCUCCCAAGUUCCUGCUCUCACGGGGCCGGCAAGCCGAGGCUGUCGCCGUAGUGCACUGCAUCGCGCACAAAAACAACGCGGAGACCUGGCUGACCAUGGAGGUUCUGGAUAAGAUUGGUGGGCUCUCCGAAGUCGUCCAGGACGAGAAGCUUGGCACGGUGGAGAUCGUGAAAAGAAGCCUGAGCAGGUUCUCGGCUGACCGAAUCGGGCCCCUGUUCCGGGGAAGGAGACUGGCCUUUUCGACAGUCCUGAUCUGGUUCAUGUGGACCACAAUCGGCAUGGGAUACCCCCUUUUUAAUGCGUUUCUACCCCAGUAUCUGAGUAACUCAGGCGGCGAUACGCCCACCUCUACCAACAUCGUCUACCGGAACUAUGUUAUCACCAGUGUCGUCGGUGUCCCAGGAAGUAUUCUCGCCUGCUACACUGUUGAGAUCAAGCACAUCGGUCGCAAAGGUACAAUGGCGAUCGCUACGGCUAUAUCUGGUGUUUUCUUAUUCCUCUUCACGACAAGCACAAAUGCGGACGUGCAGCUCGUCUUCUCGAGUCUGGAAGCGCUCUUUCAGAACAUCAUGUACGGUGUGCUCUACGCAUAUACCCCCGAAGUCUUCCCCGCACCAAACCGCGGCACCGGUACUGGGAUCGCCUCUUUUCUUAAUCGCGUUGCAGGACUAUGUGCGCCAAUAGUGGCUGUACAUGCCGGGCAGGCCAACCCGGUGGCUCCCAUCUACGCGGCGGGUGGGCUAUUCCUCGCCGCCUUCGUGGCUAUGUGCUUAUUACCCAUCGAGACAAGAGGAAAGCAGAGCCUUUAG